CAUUCCCAGGUGCUGUCAUGAGCGUUAUUCUGGAUAUAUCCUACACAGUGAGCAUCUGGAUCUCUGCUGCCGUAGCCAUCACCUACACCCUGCUGGGGGGUCUCUACUCUGUGGCCUACACAGACGUCAUUCAACUCAUCCUCAUGUUCUUCAGCGCAUGGCUGUGUGUUCCCUUUGUGUUGAUGAGCCCUGCAGCGUCUAGUGUCUCCAACACAACACUCAACCUCAAGAGCACUGGUUACCCCCCGUGGCUCGGGACCUGGGAGGAAGACUCCCUUCUGAUGAAGGGUGACACCUUUCUAUUCUUGGCUUUUGGGUUUUUAGCCAGUCAACCCAUUCAUCAGAGGAUCUUGUCCGCAAGUUCCUCCCUCACAGCUAAACUCAGCUGUUAUGCUGCUGCCGUAGCCAUGGUCGUCUUUGCUAUCCCUCCGGCGAUAAUUGGAGGAGUGGCAGUCAUUGCAGACUGGAACAAGACAUCCUAUGGGUCUCCUUCUCCGUUUGAGCGUGGUGAUGGAGCAUUUAUCUUCCCCAUCGCUCUGAAUCAUCUCACGCCACCCUACAUCAGCAUCAUCGGCAUCAGUGCAGUGGCGGCCGCUGUGAUGUCAUCAACUGACUCGGCCUUGCUCUCUGCUGCCUCCACCUUCUCCAACAACAUCUACAAGAACAUCCUGAGGCCCCAGGCAUCACAAAGAGAGAUGCAGUGGGUGAUCCGUGCUGUUGUGCUAGUUAUGGGCGUUGCAGGAACUUCACUCACCCUUACCAAAAAGGGGACGCUUGUGAUCUGGUACAUCGGAGCAUCAAUGACCUACUGCUUCCUGUUACCUCAACUGAUCUGUGUGCUUUUCUUGGACAAGGCAAAUGGUUACGGGUCUCUCACAGGCUUUGUGGUGAGUUUGGUCUUGAGAUUGUUGUGUGGAUGGCCCAGCUUGGGGAUCCCGGCGGUUCUCCAUCUCCCAGGUGGCUCCUUCAAGGAUGGGGUUCACGUCCAGAGCUUCCCGGUUAAUACUCUGUGCAUGCUGUGCUCCUUGGCCUGCAUCCUGACUUUCUCCAACCUGACAGCUCUACUUUUUGACCAAGGCAUAAUCCCUGAGGCAUGGGAUGUGCUCAAUUUCCUUAAGCUGCCCAGAAAGCUACCAAGUUUGGGGUCUUCCAACGAAGACAAGAAGCGGAGGUUGGAGGAAAAAGACCCUCAACAAGAUCCCUCAGAGCCAAUGAUGAACACUACAUGUUAGAAGGGUGCCAUGCCGUA